UCGUCUCGGCUCAGCUCUCGGUGAUAGAGACUCCGGUCUCAGAGCUCCUGGAGUGUCACGUUUCAAGUUGCUUCGCGUUCUUCUCCAUCACGCUUUUUCUAACCCGCUUCUUUCUACGAGUCAUUGAAAGACGGAGAUCGCGUUGUCUGGUUCUCUGGUGUUGCUCCGCCACGACGCCCCAUUAAAGGCAGAUCGUGUUGAGAUCGUGUUCCCCAUCAGGACCGCUGUAGCUUCAAGUCAGGCUGGAUCAUCAUGUCUCUGAAAGUGCAAACAAGCAACAUCACAAACAAGAAUGACCCCAAGUCCAUCAACUCUCGAGUCUUUAUUGGCAAUCUCAACACUGGUGUGGUGAAGAAGUCGGAAGUGGAGACCAUCUUCUCCAAGUAUGGCCGGGUCCUUGGCUGCUCUGUGCACAAGGGCUAUGCCUUUGUUCAAUAUGCAAGUGAGCGCCAUGCAAGAGCUGCUGUUCUGAGCGAGAAUGGCCGUAUACUGGCAGGGCAGACAUUGGAUAUCAACAUGGCUGGAGAGCCAAAACCAACCCGAAUAAAAACCCUGAAACGUUCAUCAGCCUCCAUCUACAGUGGAUAUGAUUAUGACUACUACAGGGAUGACUCCUAUGACAGGCUUUUUGAGUACCAGAGUAGAGCAUCACCUGCUCCUCGAUUGAUUGCUGUCAAGCGUCCACGAGCGGCUAUUCCCUUGGUGAGGAGGGUCAGAUCUCUUCCUGUAAAACUUGUCUCCCGCUCUGCUGGCGUGGCAAAUAUCUCCAACAAACAAAAAUUGAAAUCAAAUGAGCUGCAAGCCAUCAAAUCAGAACUUACACAAAUCAAGUCUAAUAUUGAUGCUCUUUUGGGCCGACUUGAGCAGAUCACAGAACAGAAGCCUUCAACAGAAGCCAUCAGAAAGUCAGAAGACUGUAGAAGUGAAGUAUCUCAUGAUGAUUCUGCCUCAGACAUAGAAGACUCCACAGAAGAACAACUGAAUGGGGAUGAUGGAGAGGAUGGUAUGCAUGAUGAGAAUGAAGAUGAUGUGGAAAACCAGCCCCUGCCAGAGAUUGAGGAGCUGCUACAGUGAAAGGUUACAAUACUGCUGAAACCAUCGAUUAUUACUACAGAAGUGAGAGAAGGGAUUGGUUGGCUGCAGAACUGAUGCUGUGCUUGAAUAUGAGGUGGAGCACCUCCAGGAAAACCAUGGACCGAAUGAGACCUUGAUGAACCACUGGACUCCAACCAUACUGCUGCUUUCCAGGACAAUACUUACUGAUUUGUGGAAGUCUGGUGCACCUUCUAGCCACAGGAUGGCAAACUUUAGGAGUGCAUUUCAGUCUCAGAAGUGUUACCCUGUUUGAUGCCAUGUUUUAUUUAUAUACAAUGAUCUUCUACAGACACACAUUUCUUACUUUUAACUACUGGUGUGCAUUUCCAGUUUGCACUUUCUAGGCUACAACUUCUCUUUGAACCAUCUUUAAAUAAAUUGAUAUGUUUGUGGCCUAA